AUAAUUGCAUAUAAUAUUAAUUUCACUAUUUAAGUUACAAAGUCUAGCUAAUCUAUGUCAAGCUUAAUGCAAAGUAAGUAGUACCACUUUGGGGGUUCACUUCACUUUGCAAAACAAAAAUGGAGGAAUCAUUGGAGAAUUUGAUUUCCUAUAUGGAAAUGGAAGAUGAAGUCUUGAAUCCAAACUCAUUUGAUGAGCAAGAGUUUCUAAAAGAUAUAAUCCUUGAUCAACCAGAAUGUGAACCCUCAUCUUAUCUUUGUUCCAAUAAAAUCCAAAACAUUGGUACAAUUAAUGGUGAAGGUAUUGCCACUAGCCCCAUAAAUAGUAUUUUGUCCUUUGAUGAGACAAGUUUAAUCCACAAAAGUACUAGUUCUAACUCAAUCAUGUCUUUGGAAAGAUCAAAUGUUGGUUCUCCUCCAGCUUCAUAUCUUUUAUCUUUUGAUAACUCAAGUGUUGAACCAAUUGUUGAACCAAUGUCACAUAAAAAAAGGACUAUAGUGAAAGAUAAAACAACAAAGAAGGUUAAAAGGUCAUGUGAGACAGUACAAGAUCACUUAAUGGCUGAAAGGAAAAGGAGAAGGGAAUUAACUGAAAAUAUCAUAUCACUUUCAGCCAUGAUACCUGGCUUGAAAAAGAUGGAUAAGUGUUAUGUACUUAGUGAAGCUGUGAGUUACACGAAACAGCUACAAAAUCGCAUUAAAGAAUUGGAGAAUCAAAACAUAGUAAAUUCAGCAAUAUUCAAGUGGAAAUCAAAAGGUUCAUCAAAUAAAAAGAAGUACUUAGAAUCAUUGCUCGAGAUUGAAGCUAGAGUUGUAGAAAAGAAAGUGAUCAUUAGAAUUCAUUGUGAGAAGCAAAAGGACAUAGUGCUCAAAAUUCAUGAAUUGCUUGAAAAGUUCAAUCUCACUAUAACUUCUAGUAGCAUCUUACCAUUUGGUGCUUCUAUUCUUGUAAUCAACAUUUUUGCUCAGAUGGAUGAAGAACACAGCAUUACCAUGGAUGACAUUGUGAAAAAUCUUAAAAAUUAUCUGUUGGAAGCAUGUGAGAGUCGAUAGUGAUCCGUUCUAGUGCAUCAAAUUCAAGGAGUUCUCCAUUUGUAAUUAUAAUAAUGGAAUCAGUAUGUUUUGGAGAAUCUGUUCUACUUUGUUGGAUUGGUUUGUUUUCAUGCAUGUUUUUGUCACAUAAAAAUAAAGAAUAAAAAUGUUCUGAGCAAGUUUGUUUAUUUUAAUGCUAUAGUUAAAAAGUCCUAAAUUCAUGUAAAUUUAAGCAAUUGUAAUAGGUUUAUUUUUGCAUAA